CUGACAUUGUUUCCUGAAUUGUGGCUAUGUGUCUUCACAGGUGCAAGGAAACUGAAUAACUACGGUCACAGUGGGUGUAUCUACUGUGUUCAAAAGUUUUUUUUUCUGGUCAUGGUUGAAGUUGAGAGAAAAUGUCAGCUUUCUGUAAAGGAGGAAAUGCGGGAGAAACUGUCUACAUGUCGGGAUCUGCUGCAUCCAUCAGUGACAGAAGAUUGCUCUCCAUCAGACCAAGCUAUGCAGUCUUUAAAACAAGAAAGGGAGCCGUCGAGUCCGAAAGCAGAGCGGAUAUCGGAGAUUUACGACGCCUCGUCAGCCGACACAAUAAUUACUAAAGAUGACGACGACUGGGACGUCAAGUGGAGGGUGGACGUACCCGACCGUGACCCUCUCGAGUUGACACCCGACACUGAGGUGCCAUCCGAUGGUAGUAACCUUGGAGGGGACGCCAGCUUUCCCAAGGUGGAGCUCAGAGAAGACCGUUCGCCGUCCAGUGAUGUUACCGGGGAUCUCACUGCUCCCAAGGAUGAGCUCAGUGAACGUCAGUCGCCCGUCUCCAAAGGUGGCUGCAUUCUUGGCAUUCCUCUGCACCUCAACUCACGCCUGCGGACCCACACGGGAGGACGGCCAAACGGCUGCUCCCUCUGCCCGGCACGGUUUGCAAGUCGAGGUCAUCUUACCAGACACAUGCGGACCCACACGGGGGAACGGCCACACGGCUGCUCCCUCUGCCCGGCACGGUUCGCAGAUCGGUCAAGGCUUACCUCACACAUGCGAACCCACACGGGAGAACGGCCACACGGCUGCUCCUCCUGCGAGGCACGGUUUGCAAGUGGAAGUGAUCUUACCAGACACAUGCGGACCCACACGGGGGAACGGCCAUACGGCUGCUCCCUCUGCCCGGCACGGUUCGCAGAUCGGGCAAACCUUACCUCACACAUGCGAACCCACACGGGAGAACGGCCACACGGCUGCUCCUCCUGCGAGGCACGGUUUGCAAGUAGAAGUGAUCUUACCAGACACAUGCGAACCCACACGGGAGAACGGCCACACGGCUGCUCCUCCUGCGAGGCACGGUUCGCAGUUCGGGCAAACCUUACCUCACACAUGCGAACCCACACGGGAGAACGGCCACCCGGCUGCUCCUCCUGCGAGGCACGGUUUGCAAGUAGAAGUGAUCUUACCAGACACAUGCGAACCCACACGGGAGAACGGCCACACGGCUGCUCCUCCUGCGAGGCACGGUUCGCAGAUCAGGCAAACCUUACCUCACACAUGCGAACCCACACGGGAGAACGGCCACACGGCUGCUCCUCCUGCGAGGCACGGUUUGCAAGUAGAAGUGAUCUUACCAGACACAUGCGAACCCACACGGGAGAACGGCCACACGGCUGCUCCUCCUGCGAGGCACGGUUCGCAGAUCGGGCAAACCUUACCUCACACAUGCUAACCCACACGGGAGAACGGCCACACGGCUGCUCCCUUUGCCCGGCACGGUUUGCAAGUCGAGGUCAUCUUACCAGACACAUGCGGACCCACACGGGGGAACGGCCAUACGGCUGCUCCUCCUGCGAGGCACGGUUUGCAAGUGGAAAUGAAUUUACCAGACACAUGCGGACCCACACGGGAGAACGACCAUACGGCUGCUCCCUCUGCCCGAUACGGUUCGCAGAUCGGACAAACCUUACCUCACACAUGCGAACCCACACGGGAGAACGGCCACACGGCUGCUCCUCCUGCGAGGCACGGUUUGCAAGAAGAAGUGAUCUUACCAGACACAUGCGAACCCACACGGGAGAACGGCCACACGGCUGCUCCUCCUGCGAGGCACGGUUUGCAGAUCGGGCAGACCUUACCUCACACAUGCGAACACACACGGGAGGACGGCCACACGGCUGCUCCCUUUGCCCGGCACGGUUCGCAGAUCGGGCAAACCUUACCUCACACAUGCGGACCAACACGGGGGAACGGCCACACGGCUGCUCCCUUUGCCCGGCACGGUUUGCAAGUCGAGGUCAUCUUACCAGACACAUGCGGACCCACACGGGGGAACGGCCAUACGGCUGCUCCUCCUGCGAGGCACGGUUUGCAAGUGGAAGUGAUCUUACCAGACACAUCCGGACCCACACGGGAGAACGGCCAUACGGCUGCUCCCUCUGCCCGAUACGGUUCGCAGAUCGGGCAAACCUUACCUCACACAUGCGAACCCACACGGGAGAGCGGCCACACGGCUGUCCCCUCUGUCCGGCACGGUUUGCAAGUCGGUCAAGCCUUACCACACACAUGCGGACCCACACGGGAGAGCGGCCGUACGGCUGCUCCUCCUGCGAGGCACGGUUUGCAAGUCGAUGUGAUCUUACCAGACACCUGCGGACUCACACCGGGGAGCGGCGUUAAGGUCGUGUCCGGCUUAUUUCACACUUUGGCGGGACAUAGCACUUCACAUCACCGUCCGCCAUAGGGACCGAACACAGUGUUCAGUAUGGUAGUUCGGUAAAUACAUUACUGACGCCCUUUCCAUGGGCAUCACUGAUCCUGAUCAGCAAAUUUCAAUCGUAAUAUAUUUCUCGAACUUUUCGUUAGAGGGUAAAAUUUAAAGUGGUUGGAGCUUAUAUAUCAGAUUAAUUUAAUAUCAGUAAUAUCAGUUAAUUUCUUAUUUUUAAUUUCAUACAGUGUCUAACUUUACUGGAUUACCUAAUCCGUAUUUAUUGAUCCGGAUCAGUGAUUCCCAUGGGAACGGGGUCGUUAUGUUGUCCUUUGUAGAGAAAUUUGAAAGAUAUACAACUAACUUGAUCGUGAAACGGAUAUGUUUACCUUGAAAAAGUGAAGUGGAUGAUACCAACACUUAAAUAUAGUCGAUAAUACCUGAAUGAGUGUCUGCAUGCCAUUAAUUGGCCGAAUGUUGAUGAAAACAGCGAAAAACUAUAUUCAAAAUGAUGACGUAAUUUAGGCUAGUGACGUCAUAUACAACACAAAGCCACCUUGUGGGAAUGUAGUGAACUACAAGUCGCUUCAAGUUAUGGUGAAUCCUGUGUGUUACAAACAUUACGCGGAAGUUUCGAUAAUUGCGCAAGCGUUUAUGGCUAUUUCUACGCAUUCCUUUCGUUGUAACAUUUUUCUGGCAAUUUUAUUUUAAUUUUGAUUUUGAAACGAACCGAAGUUCGUCCUAGGUAUGGCUCAAGAAGGGUUUGGCAAUGAAACUUCAAUGUGAUAGAUCCAUGAAGAAUAUUGGAUGGAACAGUGGUGAAUCAAAUUUAAAAUUAUCAAUUUGAAUUCGGCGGAGAGCCGAACCUUUUGAAUAUCUAAUUCAAGCAAGGCUGGAAAGAAAAUAGGUGGAAAGAACAGGUUGGAAAGAAAAAUAUGUUCUGAUUUUAACAGCCCGUGACAUCACAGCGAGUAGUAAUAUCUCAAAAUGAAUUAGUGCAUUUGAAUCACUUUUUCUGGAAGUUUUAAACCUGGUGUCAUUCACACUCUUUCUCGCUCUUGGGCGUCCCCCACAGCACGUGUUCUGAGUAAACUCUUUUUUCGCAGAAUUAGAGAUAUGUGUACCGCGCAAACUCCGAGAUGAAUUCAGCGCACAAAUCGGGUGAAUUCUACGCGCGACCUUCCAAAUCGUCUUCAUCACGCUCGGGAGACUCUGGGUUCAUGGCUGGCACCUGUGAUUUCAUUAAACCCCACAGAUAAAACUACCAGGAACCAGGGGCGUCGAGCCUGAGAAGAGGGCUGGCCAUGAAAUCCGGCUUUUUUGCUGGUCACGUGCCCUGUAAAGUGUUCCUCCGGCCAGGCCAGGAGAGUUCCGCUCUUUAUGUGCUAGGUGGAGCCCCGUCUUUUUUGGAAACAAUGUACUCAGUUACAACAUUCAGAGCUGCCACUAUCUAACGCCAGAGCCUAGUCUCCAACACCUGAGCGUAGCGUUCCUUGUUGACGGUGGCCGUGAUGCCUUUCGAUGUUUCGAAGAAAAACGGUCCGAUGAGACAGGCGGUGGACAUAACACAUCAUUACGUCAAUGUGAGAUUGUGCAGCGGGCUCUAUAGCGUUGUGUCCAAAGGGAAUGAAG